CACACACACUCAACUGUCAGUCCAUCUAUAGUUUCCAUUUUUCUGACACUGUGGGGCUGCAAAGACCUCAUCUCCUGCUCAAAACUUUGAAUACAAGGAGCAAAAAACCAGCCUGUGACUGUGACCCCAAGCCAGUGGGAAUUUUCCAUCGAGUGAAGGCAUGGAUGUACCUACAGCAUCCGAUCGAACUGUCAUAAUCCUUUCAGUCUGCCUGUUGGGCCUGAUUGCAUUGCUCAUCUUCUUGUACAAGAAAUUGAACAAGGAGAAUAACAGCGUGUACACCAUCCGAAACAUGGUGUAUAAGGAAGGAGGGCUCAGAGACCAGGUGAGAGGUGCCGCCCAGGCUGUGGGGACACGCCUCGGUAUCCAGCUCUGGCCUCGCAGCGACACUGAUGAGUAUGGAGAGGAGAUCCAAGAUGAGGAGGGACAGGUGGAGGAGGGUGAUAGCCAGGGGAGCCACAGUGAAGGAGGCGACCAUGAGGAGGAGGAGGAGGAGGAGGAGGAUGUGGAGCAACAUGGAGAGGGAGAGACAGAUGGAGAUGGGGACCACACCUCAGAUGAUACCACAAGUUUGGAGAGUGUGGAAGUAGGGGAGCAAACUCGGCUAACAGGGCAGCCAGAGGCAAAAAGGAAGGAAACAGAAGAGAAAGAAGCAGAAGAGGGAAAUAAAGGGCCCGGAUUGUUAAUAGACCUUAAGCAGUUCUCUGGAAGUGCCAUCUGGUCUGGAGAAGAAGGAGGAAACAGAGAUGUGACUGCACUGUGAAUCCACUGAGAAAGUACAAGAUGAAUCAGAUGAAGGCUCAGGGAAAUAGUUAAGGUUACAAUUCUGAUGUAAAAAAAAAAAAAUAGUAAAAUAAAAAAUGAAUAAAAAUAGUGUUGAAUAUAAAAACUGGAACCAGCCUUUCAGUUUACGAGUUUACAUUUUGUUAUGAGCUACACAUUACCAGUAUCUGUUUUUUUCUGGGCCUUUGGAUGUGCUUCUCUAUUCCAGUCUUUAAAUCGGACUUGUGUCACUUGCAUGUGGUCCUCCAUAGGAUAUACUGUAUAUCUGACACAUGGUCACGUAAGAUGAGCAUGAAGAAGCCAAACAAAUAUGGAGGAAUGUCAAAUCUGAUCUGUAUUGAAUCAGAAUUGAACAAUGUGUCUGGUAAUGUCGACGUAGCCUUAAUAUGUCGGCCUGAAUAUAAGUUGUGGAUUGUAGGAGUUUCUUUUUUUAUUAUUAUUAUUGCUGUAAAUUGUUUUUACUACUGUUUUUUUAAAAAACUGUUUUUUUUCACCCUAAAAAAUAAACAUGUCAACAUGUCCCUUUUUUACUUGAAGUUAUAUUUAGGUUAUAUAUUUAAUGUCAUUAUACACUUGUUUUGCCAAUACACCCCACUCAAAUAUU